CCCUGGGUUUGAUUCAUUCACAAACCAGCUUGGCUGUGUUCAAAGUCGAUUAAGUAUGAUGGUUUUUUUUACAAUUCCUCACGGUUUGUAUUUGCAGCGGGCGAUACAGCUGCCUAUUCCCAAGUUCAAGCUGAGCCAUCUCUCACUCGUAUCCUUUCAUAUAUAAGUGAUGAAGCCUGAUCCGUUGGUAUGAAGUACGGUUUGAGGCCAGGUCAAACCAACAUCAUCACAAUAAUCCAAACAUCCAAACAUCUACUGCCUAUCUUGCACUUUCGUCACCACCCUCAUCAUACCCGCCCCUCCACAACUCAACAUGUCAGGAUCUAGCUACUACCAGCGUCCCGCUCCGAGCUACUCUCAAUAUUCCACGUCUGCAAACACCGGCGGGCAGAGGCGCGAUGCACCUACCAAUCAGACGUCAUAUACUACCACGAGCUACUCACGCUCAUCCGACCCGAUGGACAGAUUCUGGGUCACGGGCCAGUCUUCGACCAGACCAAAUCGCGUAGCCGGACAGAUGGAGCAAUGGGACAGACAAUGGAGUUCGGCGAGUCGUCGUUAAUGGGACCGGUUGGCUCCGUGAGGGUGCCUCCCGGCCAGCCCUCCUCAUGUACACAAUUUUCCCCCUGUAUGAUUAGUUUGCCCGAUACCCACCUAGCAUAGCAUCUUACAUUGAUUAUCACCGUUCAAGAAACAUUCGUUCCCCAUAAAACAUACACUGUCCUUCGUUCCCCACCUCACGAUAUCACUUCGUCGCCGACCAAGGCUGUCGCAACGCCCCGGGGAAGCGCAAAAGCAAAAGCAGGCACUCACGGCAGUGAUCGUACUCCUCCACCUGGGCUCGGACCAGGGAUUUCCCGAUUAACAGUCGGACGCCUUUAGCCAACUGGACCAUGGAGGAUUGAGGUUGUCGAAUGAGGCUCGUCAGCUGAGGUGCGAUGCCUGACGGGGCAAGCGUUUGCUUGCUAAGAUCUCAUGCUCAGUGUACAUGCCGAGGCCUGAGCUUUCGGAUGAUGGCCU